AUGGAUAACAUAUUACAACUUUUAAAAAAGAUUCAAGAAGAUCUGAAUGAAACUAAAGAAAGUGUUCGAAAUAGCGAAAUCAACUUGUUAAACAAAAUUAACGAGACAUUCGACCAUGUACAAAGCAAGCUGCAAAGCUUAGAAGAUACUGUUAGUUCACAGGAGCAACGACUAGACCUACUUGAAAAACGAGUCAGAGUAAGGAACAUCGUUAUUUUCGGUGUGCAAGAAAAAGAGCGAAACUACGAUGAACUAAACAAGAUUAUUCUUGACCUUUUUAAUGAUGUUAUGAAAAUAAGCUGUACAGAUUUGGAUAUACAGUCCUUAAGAAGAAUAGGCAAAAAAAGCGAAAAAAUAAGACCAGUUAUUGUAACAUUUUCUACAUUAAAAAGAAAAAUCGAGAUUUUACGAAACAAAAAAUCAUUAGAAACUCAAAACUGCUAUAUUAAAGAAGACUUUCCGCCCAAUAUCCUAGCAAAGAGACGAGAACUCCAAAACAAAGCUAAAGAAGAGAGGGAAAAAGGGAAAAAAGUAUUCAUAAAAUAUGACAAACUAAUUAUUAUUCCACCAAAAGAAGCUACAAACAGAGCCAACAAAAGGAACCAUUCAGGAUCACCGCCAGAAAAAUACACUCGACAUGGGAUUUAUAACAAAGAGUCAACACAAAUACAGAAGAAGAACACCCUAACAUCCUACUGGAAUAACAAACAUGGACAAACUUCUACUCGAAAAGAAAAAUUUUCAACUGCAGACUCGGCCACAGCCAGUUGUAGUGGCACAAACAAAUAG